AUGGUAGAACGUUCGUGGCGCGUAACUGCGAAUGGUUAUGUCAAACAAGUAGUUGACGCUGGCAUGGAUUAUAUGAAGAAUGGAGGGGAUCCCCGGAUUGUCUUGAUUGCUGCAGUCGUUAUUCUUUUCAAUGCUCUACCAUUUAUUGCUUUUUUGAUUUUCGCUACGAUCUCAAGUGCGGUUAUUCUUGGCGCAGCAUUCCUGGCACUUUGUAAUGCUUUACUUUUGUGCGUUGAAUCGGGUUUGGCUGUUGCAAUUGGUACAAUUAUUUAUCUUCCAAUAUUAUUGUUUUGUACUGUCGCAGGUGUGGUAGUCGCAUCUUUCAUCAUACUAGUUUCAUGCUUUUUUGAAAAAAGAAACCCGACACCUGAUAGUACUACCGGUUCUAACCACGUGGAUUAG